AUGUCCGCGACCGCUGGAGCUCCUCCGCCGCCCCCGCCGCCGGGGCCAUUUACGAAUGGUAAUCCUUUCGAUGACCUCCCUGCAGAACUACUUCUGAUUAUCUACGAAUAUGUGGGAAACAGCAAUCUGAUCAAUCUUGCCUUGGCUAUCUAUCCUACCUUUCAGCGCCACAACCUCUCACCAAAACUUACCCCAACCACUCUCGCCCACAUGCUAAGCCUGUCACAUAGACCUCCAAUGUAUCCAGGAAUAGUCUAUAUGCCUGCAGAGCUCUGGCUGUGCGUUGCUCGCUAUCUUGAGCCUGCUGAUAUCUUGUCCAUGAUGUUUACUUUCGGAGCCGUUUUUGGCCAGCCGCUCACUCCAAGUACGAGAGAUAGGUUGAGAGUUUGGAGUCGGCGAUUGAGGGAAAAGGGAUGA